AUGGCCAGCGCCUUCCUGCAACCACCGGCACAUUUCGAGCCAGGUGACAACCCGCAGCAAGCCUGGGACGACUGGAAAGAAGCGUACAACAUCUACGAGCAAGCUUUGUACAAAAACGUAAUACAGGCGUCUGCUGUGUUCAACACGAUGAAGCAAAAAGAAAACCAGACAUUCGACGAGUUCGUAACGGACCUUCGGAGGCAAGCAGAAAAAUGUGACUUUUGGGAGAAAAAAGACCGACUUAUUGGCGACCGCAUCGUCGUAGGAAUCAGAGAUGCAGCAUUAAGAGAGCGCCUUUUUCGCGAACGGGACCUCACACUCGUCCAAAUCAUAACAACGUGCAAGGCAGCGGAAAUAUCCAAGAAGCACGUAAAAGAGCUCCAGGAGCCGAAUUUUGAAGUGCAAGCCCUACAGAAGCCGAAACAAUGGAACUCACAAAAACCAGCAACAAUGGAGAACCGGCAACAGAAACCACAGCUGAAGCUGCAACAAAAGCGUUCACGCUGUGGAACAACGCACAGACCACGCGAAUGCCCUGCCUACGGUUGCAACUGUUACCACUGUGGCAAGUUCGGGCAUUUCGCCAGCCUGUGUAGGCAACGCCAACGAGGCAGCAGUACCUCCCGCCAGCGAAUAGGUCUCCUCGAAGAUCCGCAGAGUCUCGACCUCCACAACAUCAACUGCAACUCGGAGUGGACAGAAACGGUCAACGUAAAUGGCCACAACGUCAGCUUCAAGCUAGACACCGGCUCCGACGUAAACAUAAUGCCAAAAAACCAGCUCAGCGCAUGGUCAUCGCAGCCUGCAUUCAAGCCAACAGCAGCACGAGUGACAACUUAUACGGGACAGCAACUUCCCAUCGACGCUGAAUGCGAGCUGCGCUGCUCAACUAAAGAAAAAGAGUGCACCAUGAAGUUUCUCGUCGUCAGCCAACCGCUGAAGCCGAUUUUGGGCGCCAACGCAUGCGAAGCCCUGAAUCUGGUCACGAGAAGGCAACCGCAGCAAACAACUGUAGCUGCGUGCACAGCAACGCAACGACUUGAAAACGUGCUCAACGACUUUCCUGAUGUAUUUGAAGGCAUGGGAAAACUACCUGGAGUCUAUUCCAUACAACUGAAGGAAGGAGUAACUCCCACGGUGUCAGCUCCCCGCCGUGUACCCAGCGCAUUAGAGCACAAAGUCAAAGAAGAACUGCAACGAAUGCAACAAAAUGGAAUCAUCGCCGAAAUCACAGAGCCUUCGGAGUGGGUCCAUCCGAUUGUUAUCAUCACCAAAAAAGACGGCAGCGUCCGCCUGUGCUUAGAUCCUCGGAACUUAAAUAAGGCCAUCAAAAGACAACACUACCAGGUGCCUGUGGCGGAGGAACUCUUCGCAAACUUGAGCGGUGCAAAAAUAUUCUCCGUCCUUGACGCGAAAAGUGCUUUCUACCAACUGGUCUUGGAUGAAGCAAGUUCACGUUUGUGUACGUUCACGACGCCCUGGGGAAGAUAUCGAUUUCUUCGUGUACCAUUUGGCAUCGCAACAGCCCCCGAGCUCUUCCAGCAAGCUAUUGACAGGGUCUUCGAACGGCAACUUACCGUCAAGCCCUACUUCGACGACGUUCUGGUCGCGUCACGAAACUUUGAAGAGCAUGAGAAAGACCUCAGGAAUGUGCUCACAGUAGCACGCGCCAACAACCUAAAACUCAACAAAGCCAAGCUCCAGCUGGGUUUGACAGAUAUUCUGACAGGCUUGGUGACACCGGUUGCAGACGGAUGCUGA